CUCAAUUUAAUGACAAAUCUGUAAUUUCUGCUACAGACAAUUGUGCUUCUUUUAGUGUGAUUGGAAUUUAGAAACAAAAUAAAAAAAAGCGAGUCUCUAAUUGUUUGAUUAUUGAAUUGGACGUUGUUGAGUGAAUUUCAAGCGAUGCGUCUUACAAAUGUGUUAAAUGCACAGCAUCUUGGCUGGCAUUUUAAAAUGAAAUGGAGAACUUUAAAACGUCGUGCCAUAGAAGAUCAAAAUGCUGCCAGUUAUUUAAAGGCAAUGGGACUGCCAGUCAUUGAUCCUGUUCAAGAGUUUAUGUCUGAACCGGAAAUUCCCAAACCACCAUCUGAAUUACUCAAUCCACUUUCAAUUGGUCAGCUUGAUCGAAAUGAAAAUCAUCCGUUUUGGAAUUCCCGUGUUUGUCAUAUGUUUGGCGAUAAUAAUGUUUUGAUUUGUGGUGAAAAACAAGCACAAGUCUUAACGAAAACACUGUUAGUCAAUGAACUGCCAGACACCAUACAGAAAUUGGCCAAAAAUGUGGAAAUAUCAGAAGAAACGGAAAUUCGAGUAAAAAAUAGCAUUUUACAUGCACAUUUAUUUGAUGCACACCAAGAAAAACUGGCGGUACGUAAAAAUCCAGAAAAACCAAUGUGGGUGUUUCCACGCGAAUGGGGAAUCACCGAUUAUCGCAAAAAUCGUUACAUUAUCGAUAAGUUGUUACAGCAAUGCGAGAAGCUAACAGACUCUUCAAUAACAUCGCAACGAAAAAUCUUGGAAAAUGUCUCAUUUGUUGUUCCAUUUGAAUCGGAUGGCAAUUUAAUUCAAUUUCACAAAACUGCUGAACAUUUUCUAGUAUCAAAACAAGCAAUUAAACCAAUUGAAAAUAUUUCAAAUGCUGAAUCUGAAUUGCCCAACCUGCAUCCAUUGAAGAGUAAUAUUUCAAUCGAACCGGAGAAUAUAUAUCAAGAGAAACAUAUUUAUCCGGUUCCAAAGGGUGGCAACUUUGAAUAUCCACAUACUGCAUUUGUUCAUUACACACCACUCGAUGUGAAAAACAUUACAUUGGAACCAGUUAAAGCUGAACAAAUUGCCUCACGAAAUAUGCUCAAAGCAUUUACCAUUGCAGCUGCAAAGGCGCAAUCACUCUACGGGGCUAAGGUAGAAGAUUUACCAUCACCAAUAACCGUUCAAUGUGUUCAAGUUCACAUCAAUCAAUUUUAUUUCGGCGUUUAUCAAUUGAAUACAUUGAAUUUGAAUGCAGACAAUGACAAAAAGAAUUAUUGGUUCAAAACAUCGCCAAAACUUCUUUACACAAACUGUGAAUACAACGAGAGUCGACCUGUGCUGAAGAAUUACAAUGACGAUGUCCUUCGCCACACAUUAGCUUUUUAUCAAAAUCAAUAAAUUGAAAAAUAGAAGAGUUUGUGUGACGUAAACAAAUCGAAUUGUAGUUAUAUAGUAAUGUAAAAUAUAUUAU